UCACUCUCACGCUCAAAAUAUAUUCAACUGAGUGUCGUCAUUCAAGAAACAUCUGUUGACAACCUUCUGUUGAGUCCGCGACAUAGAUAUUUAGAUCUGCGUGUCGGUCUGUCUGGUAAGUCUGCACUGGGACUAACAGACUGAAGUCAGCAAUAAAAUGAAGAAAGAACUAUGGACAAUAGGCAGAUAUUUUCAGCAUCUAUGACCAGCUCUCAAUCUGGGUUGAGUUUAACUUCUAAUACAACCUCAGAAGAUGUGAAAUGGGCAGAUCAGGAGACGAGUACAGAUUUUAUUGAAGCUUUGAAAGAUUUAACCAAAGACUCUGAGUCAACAUUUGAAUUUGUGGUCGGCGCUAAUGAAAUUGUCUGUGGUACAUUGAUAGUCAAUGUGUUCCUGGCAUGUCUCAUGGUGUUUUGUGUUGUUGAGGCGGGGACAGGUGUCAAAUAUUUAUCAGAGUGCCCGGAGAAUCCUAACAUUCCAGUCUUCCUGUUUGUUGGCGGAUGUUUUGGUACAUUAAAGACCAUCCACACCAUGUACGGUAACUACAAGGUGAAGAAACACAAUCAGAAUAGCAUGACAUCACACAGAUCUGAUGAGAUCGUGGACAUAACACUCAAUGUCUUCCUACUUGUUUGGCAAGGUCUGGGCACCUACUGGACAUUUUCUGUAUGGUACCCACUCGGCGAGGAGCCUCUGGACGCUGACCCCAGGCAGUGGUGUAAUCAAGAGCUUUACUUCUUCGCUGUUGUCCAGUGUGGUUUGGUCAGCAUUCUCAUCGUCAUCCUGGUCCUGAUGCAUUGCGGCUUCGCUUUCUGUUUCAAAUGCACGAACUGCUUCCGAUGAGCUAGGAAGCGACACGAACUCUUCAACUGCGGAACACGCACACAACAUAUUGGUGUUUCUAAGGCAACGAAAGGAAGUGUAACAUUGAAGGAUUUAAUCUUUCUUAUUGCAAUGAUUUCAUUAUGGAGACUUAAAAUUUGAACUUUGUAAAUAUUUUUUGUUCUGUUUUAAUCUUAUUAUGUAUAAAUGGUGCUGGAUGUACAGUAAAUGUAGGCCUUUAUUUUCUAUAACAUCUCUUGUCUUCGAAAUAUGUGGUGCAAAGAAAAUGAAAUAUACAUAUAAAUAUAUAUGCUUCCAUUUUGUUGUCUUAAAAAAAAAAUCGUUCCCUUUCAGACCAAGCGAUCUAUAGGGCAGAUGAUGUAAAGGUGAUCUGUUUCUGUGGUCCACGGUUAACUAGAGUGUCAUUUGACCAGCAAAACGACCAACCGUCUUUACUUUCUCGAAUUAAUGUCAGAAUUGCCAGGUACCCAUUAGAGCUGGGUAGACUCAGAGGCGCCAAAGAUCCCGACAUUUAAAAUCCCAUUCUUCACCAGCUCUUUACCGCUCAGCCACCGCGCCUCCUGGUGUUCUUUAUGAGUGUGAAAACAACGUUAAGUGAUAGAAUUGCAUCUAAAAUAAAUUAUACAGCUGCAAAAAUCUGUUAAAAACGAUGAGAUAUAGCCAAUAUUGUUUGAAAGCUUUAUAAAUCAAUUAACCCUGUAUCUAAAGCCUAGAAAUGCGCAUUGAAGAGAAAAAAAUAACGUCUGGCUAUCGCCAUAGUCUCUCGAGGCAGAAGUAGAACUAUUGAAUGACUCUUUAAUCGUAAAUAUGUCAAGUUCACAACAAUAACAAAUCGAACACACAUGAAAUGAUUGUCAAAAAAACAACAACACGCCUCGUUUAAGUAAUUAAAUUACAUUUACAAUCAUCUUUAGUUGUGUUGACACAUGAACUCCUUCAACAAUGUGAGCCAUAGAAACCUAAGCCAUAGAAACCUAAGCCAUAGAAACCUGAGCCAUAGAAACCUGAGCCAUGGAAAACUGAGCCAUAGAAACCUGAGCCAUAGAAACCUGAACCUAAGCCAUAGAAACCUGAGCCAUAGAAACCUGAGCCAUAGAAACCUGAGCCUGACACCUUCUGCCCUACGGAGAUACAGCCUCGAAAAGGAACUUGACUUUGGACUUUCUUUGAGCCAGAAACAACAUUUGCCCAAAGUUGAUUUUAAUUUGAUGAAUCAUUCUUCUGGACCAAAUAUUUCUUGUAAAUACUUUUUAAUAGAGUUGCAAAAAUGAUCUCAUAAUUUGUACAUGAUUAAUAGAUUCUAAUUAAUUUCACAGUUGUAAACAUUCUUGACCAUUAAAAAAAAUGAUAUAUACAAUCUUUAGAAUAAAAUUCAUUUUAUGCGAUAUGUGAGAAAUAGAUGAAUAUCAUCUAGAAAACUCUGGAACGUCUGCAAGCUUCUGUCUCCAGGAGGCAUAUCUGGACAAAGUCACAGCUUUAUAAGCUUCCCAGGUUUUCAAUGUCUCUAGAUUUCUUUGCAGAACCUUUUCACUUGGAAGCGGAUUGAUCUAAAAAAACAAAACAAAUAUACAUAUUUUGUAAAAUCUCAUUUUCAGGCUAAGUGGUUUGACUUUGUUGCACUAAUUCAACCUGCCUGGUACUCAUGAAUACUAGUGCUUGCACUCCAUCUAAAUCCUCGAUUUCAAAACAAGCAUUAUUUGUAUAUGAUAACAUUUUAAAAGUAUUUAAAUUAGGAGCCUUGAGGUUAAAUUAAUUAAAUGUAUUUUUGCUUAUCAGUACGAUUAAACAUUCUUCACUUUAAGCAGGCUAAGUUUUCAAAUAAAGAACAUUGUGAUAGAUCUUGAGACAAUUUUGUUUUCUUGUUCAUUAAAUAUUCAUUAAAUAUGUAAAUAAAUAACAAAAAGCACUAUUAAGGUCAAGGACCUGACCUUCUUGCGCAUGUCCUUCAUGGUUUCUUCCGUUAGAUUUUUCAUGAAAAACUUUUUAUUGAUGAGCACCACUUCUGCGCCGUCUGAAACGAGGCUGAAUGACGUGACCUUUCGUACACCAACCAACACCACCUGAUCUAAGCC